AGGGGCGGCGUCGGCCCGCUCGCCAACCGCCAGUGGCCGUGGCCCCAGUUAUCCCACGAACGCGCCGUGGCCGACAGGCAGGACCGCGAGGCCGCCGCCGCCGCGGAGGAGGCCGAGCGGGCGGAGGAGGCGGCGGCGGCUGGGAGGUCGAUCGAGGAGCUGGCCGCGCGGGGCGACGCCGCCGCCGCCGAGGCGGCGCUGCUGCGGGCCCUGCACCGCGGGUUGCAGCUGCCCGGGGGCGCCUUCGACGCCGUGGUGUUCGCGCACGCCAGCGCGGGGCGGGCCGAAAAGGCUGGCGAGCUGCUCUCGCGCGCUCUGGAGGCUGGCGCGGCGCCUUCAGAGGUCAGCUUCACCAGCGUGGCGCUCGGCGCGUGCGAGCGGGGCGCGGCCGACCAGCUGGAGGAGGUGCUGCUGCAGAUGCUGCGCGCGGGGCACCGGCCCAGCGAGGAGCUCUACAACGCCGCCCUCCGCCUCUUCGCGAGCCAGGGUUCGGCGGCCAAGGUCGAGGAGUGGCUGCUGGGUGCGGGGCAGUCGGGCUGGACGCCCGAGCAGGCGGCCUUCGAGGCCGUCGUGGCCCUGUUCGCCGCGGAGGACGCCCCGAAGGCGGAGGAGUGGCUGCGCCGCUCGCAGCAGACACCGCACCGGCUGCCGGACGCGUGCUACGAGGUUGUGGUCGAGGCGCUGCUUCGGGCCGAGGACGCCGUCGUGCGGGCGGACGAGUGGCUCUCCCACAUGCUGCAGGACGGCCGGGAGCCCAGCGACGAGCUGCUGGUGGAGGCGGCCGUGCGCCUGUCGCAGGCGGGCGAGGGCGCGCGCGCCGAGGCCCGCGUGGGACAGCUCGUCGCACGCGGCGCGCCGGCGGCCGUGCAGCAGCUCCGCGCGCGGCUGGGCGGGGAGUUGGGCGACGAGCCGCUGAAGG